AUGGCUGGGUGCAGGCUCGAGCUGUUAAUCGUCCUGUCUUGGACUUUGCUGCUGGUGUCAGUCCGAGGAUGGGAGCGCAUAAACGAAACUCAGCUUCGCAGUUUGUAUGAGACUGAGACGGGCGAACCACUGGAGCCUACAGAUGACAGAAGUGGCCUUGACCAUGGUGAAACAAAAAUUCUUGAAGAUGCAGUUAUUGAAGCUGAAGGUGUUUCCACUAGUGAAAACUUUGAUCCUGACGUUGACUAUGAUGACUUGGACAUAGAUGAUUAUGGACCCACAAACUUUGCCAGCGCUACAGAUGGUGGGUUUCAGGUAAAAUUUGAAGAUGAGCCUCCAAAGAGCUGGCUGGGCAGUUGCAAUCCAAUUGCUUCUGAUCUAGAAGUGGUUUGCAGUGAAACUGGCUUCCAAAUUACUCUGCCAACUGGACAGUUGAGUGAGGUUAAGGUGUUUGGCUCUGAGGACCGUCUGCUGCCUAUUGUUGAUGCCCCAGAAAGUUGUGGUUAUGAAGUGGAUCUUCUGACAAACAUCUUAACUGUGCCCUUCAGUGGGUGCAAUGUGGAGCAACAUACUGAUGGCUUCAGUCUGCAGUUGUUGUAUAUUGAUACGCUUGGUCAGAAACGAGUUUCUACCACAUCUUGUCAGAAGUUUGAACCAGACAUGUCGCCACGUGCAAGUGGCGACCCCAUGAUGUGCAUUAAACUAACCAGAGAACCACUAGGACAAGUACCACUUGAAUCAGAAUUAGUUCUUCAAGCGCCAAAACCAGCAUUACCACAAUCACCAACAUUAAGACAAAACUGUGCAGUCCCUGCUGGAGAGCAGGUGAGAUGUGGUCACAAGAAAAUAUCUAUCUCAGACUGUCAGGCGAUGGGAUGCUGCGUGGAUUUGAGAACACUUGUCUGCUACUACCCACUGGAGGUCGAUCAACACUUUGUUUUUGCUAUUCGGCACAACUCUGCAUCCAUCCCUGUGGACCCCACCAAGCUGGUUAUUCCUGGUAAUCCACAGUGUAAACCAGUCAUUGUUAACAACCGGGUUGCCAUCUUCAAGUUCAAAAUGACAGAAUGUGGAACUCAUUCUUAUGAUGUUGGUGAGUUGAAGAUUUACCUGGCUGAAGUGCAGAGUAUUGUCCACGCUCUGAACCUAAAGUAUGGCGUAAUCACAAGAACGGAUCCACUCAGAUUCCUGAUUGAGUGUCGCUACAACAGAUGGGGCACUGCUCAGUCAAUGGCUAGUGUUGGCUACAUGGUCAAGUCCCCUCCUUCCAGUAUGCCAUCUUCAGUCACCUCCAACAGCUUAUAUGGUGUUGAGUUGAGAAUUGCUAAAGAUGAGACUUAUUCAGGUUUCUAUGAUCAUCACCAUCAGCCCUUGGGGCUGCUCCUCGGCCGCCCUGUGUAUCUUGAAUUGCGCCUCAGCUCUCCUAAAAUGGAUGCAGUAAUUCUUGUCAAUUACUGUCUGGCAUAUCCUCGGUCUGCAAGAAAUGCUCUGGUUCUCAUUUAUGAAGGGUGCGCCAAUCCUCAUGAUCCACAUGUGUCCAUACUUGAAGUCAGCAACCUUCUUGGAGAAAAUAAUGAGAGACGCUUUAUAGUGAGCGCCUUCCAGUUUAUGGAUCAAACAACAAACAAGUAUCUAAAUGAAGAAUAAGUCAGUAUUUGGUCA